AAGGAGCGUCACCUGACCAGGCUGUGGCCGCUGCCUCUGCCGCUGCGCUGUCAAAGGAACAUAAACUGUCAACAACACUGUCCUUGUUGGAUUUGUUUUCUAGUAAAAUGACCGAGAAAAGUAAUAAACAUCGUUCGUAGAUUUCCUCCACCGUGAUGGGGUUCAUGUGUGGUGGGUUUCUCGCCCUGUGACCCUGGGAUCGGAGGCAGGAUGCUUCCACGUUGCACCCCCCCCUAACAACACAGCUGUAUGCGGUCAUGGCUUCCAGCCACCCUCCACCGUUCGAGGAGUUGAAGGAAGGCUUUCUCUGUCCACUGUGCCUGAAGGACCUUCAGACCUUCUGCCAACUCAAAGACCACUACGAAGAAGAACACUUUGGGGACGACCGUCACGUCAGGGGUCAGAUCAAGAAUUUGGUGCAGAAGGCCAAGAAGGCCAAAGACCGGCUCCUGAAGAGGGAUGGGGAGGACAGGGGGGAGACUGGCUCCUACGAGUCAUUCUACUAUGGGGGUGUCGACCCCUACAUGUGGGAGCCUCAGGAACUGGGAGCGACUCGGAGUCACCUGAGUCUGUUCAAAAGGCACCGCGCAGCACGGAUCGAUCAUUAUGUCAUCGAGGUCAACAAGCUGAUCAUCAGACUGGAGAAGUUGACGUCGUUUGACCGGACAAACUCAGACGUUGCCAAAAUCCGAGCCAUCGAGAAGUCGGUGGUCUCCUGGGUGAACGACUCGGACGUCCCCUUCUGCCCCGACUGUGGAAACAAGUUCAACAUUCGGAACAGACGUCACCACUGUCGCCUCUGUGGCUCCAUCAUGUGUCGGAGGUGCAUGGAGUUCGUCCCCUUACCUUUGGCCCAGAAGCUGAUCAACGGGACCCGAGAAGCUCUGUGUGUCCAUGGAAGUCCUCCCAGUCACUCCCAGUCUCUGCCAGCAGGGGUCAGCAGCAGUAGCAUGGGCUCCAGGCGGGGCAGCAUCAGCAGUCUGAGCAGCGUCACGUCCAUGCUGGAGGAGAAGGACGACGAGAAGAUCCGCUGCUGCCACCACUGCAUGGACACCCUGGUGAAGAGGCAGCAGAAGCUGGGCGAGAAGGAGCACACGCCCGCCGUGGUCAAACUGUACGAGAGGCUGAGGCUGUGCAUGGAGAAGGUGGACGAGAAGGCUCCGGAAUACAUCCGGAUGGCCGAGUCCCUGAAUGCAGGAGAAACCAGCUACAACCUGGACACAGCUGCUGGACUCAGACUGGAGGUCCAUAAGUACUACGAACUGAUCGACGCUCUGAGUAAGAAGAUUUUAACACUCGGUUCUAAAGACGAUCCACCCCCCCACCCCAAAGUCCUCCAACUGCAGAAGAUGAUCCGAUACUCGGCCACACUCUUUGUUCAGGAGAAACUCUUGGGUCUCAUGUCUUUACCGACCAAAGAGAAAUACGAGGAGCUGAAAGAAAAAAGGAAACAAGAACAAGAGAAGAGACUCCAGCAGGAGAGACAGGAGAGACAGGAGAGACAGGAGAACCUGAGAAGACGGCCUGUCCCCGUCAGUUCAAACGGUGAGCUGCAGCCCGCCCCGCGGGUGCCCCGUAUGACCAAAGCCGGCGGCUGGCUGCCCUCCGCAGACUCAGCUCACACACGCAGCGCCCUGGACGACCCCCUGCUGCAGCAGAUCGAGAACAUCCAGUCCUUCCUGCGUCAGGCGCGCCAAGCCCAGAGAGUGGACGAGGUGGCGCUGUUGGAGGAGAACCUGCGUCAGCUGCAGGACGAGUACGACCAGCAGCAGACACGCCUGGCCAUCGCGCUGUCCCAGAAGCUGGCGGAGGAGGAGAGCGUGCAGCGGGGGGGGUGGAAUUCCCAGGAGGACUGGGAAAAAGAGGAGAGCUGGUGCCACGCCGUGGAGAAGUCUCCGGAUGUCGGUCUACGAGUCGACGGACAGAAAGAACGAGACGCGGCGGCCGACGACCCGACCUUCAAGGUCCAGUCCAGUCCGUCGUCUGUGAGAGCCGUGUCUGUGGAAACCAGCCAAACGGAAUCCCCCCCCAGGCUGAGAAGUCUAGGAGGACACAUAACGCCCCCUGGUAGCGAAGGACAGAACAGCUCCUCCUACAACCCCUUCGAUGAGGACGACUCCACUCCCACUGAAGACGAUCCGUCCAACCCUUUCUCCGAGGACAUCAUCAGAGAGCAGAAAGACGGAACGGACAGGAAGUCCAACCCCUUUGAUGAAGACGAGCCCAGACAGAACCUCCCUGGAAACCCCUUCGGUGAGGACAACGACACCGAGUCUGGAAACCCGUUCGUGGAGACGCCGGGGAGUUCCCCCAAAGUCUCCACCAACCCCUUUGACGGAGACGAGGACGACGAAGCUCAGCCGGAUCUGGACCUGAUCGAGGAGGAACUGCUGCUGCAGCAGAUCGACAACAUCAGAGCCUACAUCUUCGACGCCAAGCUGAGUGGUCGCCACGACGAGGUGGAGCUGCUGUCGGAGAACCUGAGGGAACUACAGCGCACCCUGCAGGAACAAAAGCAAAAAAAGCACUGAUUUUUUUUUUUCUUAUUGCAUCCGAAUUUCUGCUACUAACGACGUCCACGGAGACGAGUUUGUUGAAGCCCACUGCUCCUCCACUGCUCCUCAGGCAUGAGGAGGUGGACCCGGGGUCAACUGGACGACCUCGGUUGUUCUGGAGCGGUGACAUCACAACUGAAAGUGUGUUCGUCUGGAAACACUUUGACGAUGAGACAUUUUAGAAUUCUGACUUUGACAGGAGACCAGUCAGCAGGGGGCACCCAUCAGCUGAUGCAUCAGAACAUGAGACGCCAUUUUAAUCCAUGCUUUCUUACAGUGCAGCCCCUGGACAAACACUGGUACUGCAGCCACGACCGUUUCAGACGGAGGAGCAGGAAGGAGAAAUGUAACUGUUCUGGAAUGUUCUGCAGUCGGCCUGUUGACCCUGAAGAGCACCCCCUACUGACGUGAACUGUGUUUGUGACUCAGUGUGACUCCAGACAGUGAAUGAACACCAGACCGUGUGGAUCAGGACUCCCUCCGACUGACCCCGAUGUCAUGGCAACGCCACUCGAACCCUGCACAGAAUUGUCACAUUCCUUCACCUGGAGGAAGUUCUGCUUCGUCUUCAGGAUCUGCAUCAGAGUCACACACACACACACACACUUUAGGUCCAUUUGUGUGUCUGUGUCCAGGUCCUGAUCUCAGUCAGGCUGCUCUGACACCAGCCGGGCCGCUGACCUGAGGUUGAAGCACCCACAGACACAUGCUGGAGUUGAUGAUGGGACCAGAAGAUCCUGAAGACCCAGGUGUCCACCUGUCUAUGAACCACACCAGGUCAUCUGACCGGUCGUCAAUGAGCAGAUUAACCAGUAACUAAUCUGACAUUCAGGUUUGGACUGAGUCCACGUCUCAUUACAGGAAAUGUCAGAAGAACAAACUCACACACACACACACACACACACACCUCCUCACAUCCACAAUAAUAUAAUGAUUUAACAAUUGAAUUGUCACAUUAAGAGGAAAAACACGUCUUUUCAUUUUGCCCUGCUGAGUACUGCAGUACAUCUGCAGUUGUACUGCAGUACUGUGGUUCCCAGAACCCAGAUUACCUGAGUAAUCCGGCUUCCUGUACCUGUCAGACUCAGCAGUGUGAUGAUCUAAUAGAUGAUGUCACUGUGAUGUCACAGCUCGUUGCACAGCGCACACACACGAACCAAUCACUAACCAGGACACACUGACGUCCUUUAACCCUUUAACCACAGCACCAUUAGCACUACGUCAGUACCAGUAUUAUGACCCAGCGCCGCUGCUCUCUGACGUCCAACCACGUGACACUAAACGUUCAGUGAUGGACGACGUCAGGAGCAGCUUCUCACUGUGUCAACAGCAAAUCAACUAACAGGAAAAGUGAGGAGUGAAAUGACAAAUGUAAAGAAAUUCAACUUCACUAAUAAAAUGUUGUCUUCGUUAACAUGUGA